AUAUCUUCAUCAAACAAUUGCAAUAUACAGUCUUACUUAUUUACAUACUAUAAUCUCUAGAGAGAGAGAGAGAGAGAGAGUCCAACAUCAAUAUACAGAGUUUGUGUAACCUUCAUCAACCUAACAGCACCUCAUCAUUCUACAUAUUGAUACCUAGCUAGGAGACACAGAGAGAAAAUAUAUAUGGAGAGGAACAUGAGAAUGGUACUGGCGUUGUUUGGUGUUGUUGCGGCGGUUAUGCUACAAUGUGCGGCGGCACAAACGGUGCAUGUGGUCGGAGACGCCUCAGGUUGGAUCGUUCCUCAAAAUGGUGCAGAGGCCUACGUUUCGUGGGCUUCUGAUAAGACCUUCGUUGUCGGUGACACUUUGAUUUUCAACUUCGUAACCAAUGAACAUGAUGUGCUCCAAGUAACAAAAGACUCAUACGACGCCUGCACUGACACCAACCCCAUCGGAAACCCAAUCACCACCGGUCCGGCCAACAUCACUCUCACCUCUGCCGGCGACCACUACUACAUCUGCACCUACGGCAGGCACUGCGCGUCUGGUCAGAAGCUCACCAUCACCGUCUCCGCCACCGGCACUCCCGGUGCCGCCCCACCACCUUCCACGACUGCUGCUCCUCCUCCUCCUCCUCCGUCCACACCUUCUCCCACCUCGAGCACCACCCCUGAAGCUUGUGCUCCGGAGCCGUCGGCCACCAACCCGACUGCCAAUGCGCCCACCAGUUCUACCACGCCCGGACAAGUGGCGCCGCCGCCUCCGGAUUCUUCCUCACCUGCGGUUUCGGGUGGUUUCUUUGUCACCAUUUUGAGCAUUGCCAUGGCAGCCUUGUUUUAGAUACAAGAAGAUAUUUACAUGGGGGGAAUGAGAUGUAAUUUUUUUCAUGGGUUUUUCAAUUUUCUUGCAUUGAAUAUUUUUCUUGCAUUGAAUAUUAGUAUACGCUUGAUUUGUAAUUCAAUUUUGUAUAGGAGCAUUUGAUGAAUAAAAAUAUAAAAUAACGUGGUUC